CGUUGUGCUGUGCUAGCCAGUGACAAUUGCCGAGUCGGAGCUGAAUUCUAGCGGUUUUUUUUGUGAAUAUCGUGUGUUCAUCGUGAUAUUGUAUGCCAGACGCUAUGAGCAAAACUUCGUGGGCAGAUCGGGUUGAAUUCGAGGAGGAUGGCUUGCCACCACCGUCCGAGAAGAUCGACGGGGACCUCAAGAUUAUCACCGAUUACAAAGAUGUGGAGGGCAAAAAGUACAAGAUUGUUCGAACGUACAAAAUGGAAAAGAAGCAGGUGAGCAAAGCUGUGGCUCAUCGGAAGAGUCUUGCUAAGUUUGGCGACUCGAAAAACGAUCCCGCGGGACCAAAUCCUGCUACAACGAUGGUUGCCGAGGAAAUCUUCAUGCAGUUCAUCUCGCUUAAGGGCGGCAUAGAAGAACCUCAGGAGACAGAGGAGGACCUUGCGCAGCAGGCGAAACAACAGCUUAAAUCUAUCCAAUGCCGUAUCUGCAAAGAAGAUCAUUGGACAACCCAGUGUCCCUACAAGGAUCGCAUGCCAUCUGGUGUUGGUCAGCUGGACGAGAGUAGUCGUGCAGCGGCGGCCGCCGCAAACGCCGCUUCUAAAGGAAUGGACCCCACGAAAACCGACCGGUACGUACCACCAUCUUUGCGCGACGGUGGUGGUACGCGUCGCGGCGAGACAAUGGGCAACCCGCGCCAGGCCCGUGAUGAUAACACUGUUCGUGUGACGAAUCUAUCCGAGGACAUCCGUGAACGAGAUAUCCAAGAGCUGUUUAGUCCGUUUGGCCAGAUCCAACGAAUCUACUUGGCUAAGGAUAAGGUGACGAAUAACUCAAAGGGCUUCGCAUUCGUCUCAUUCCUGCGCAAGGACGCCGCCCUCAGCGCCAUUAUGCAUCUGAAUGGAUACGGAUAUGAUAAUCUCAUUCUCUCGGUCGAAAUGGCGAAUAAGCCCAAUAAUUAGGCUAACCAAUUACAUUAAGCUAUCAGGAGCAGCAAUGACAACAAGCACAACAACAGGACAGAGAAAACGAUAUAAGCACAAGACACACACACAAACAUUCAAACAUACAGGGAUAUCUAUUUCUACUAGAAAAAAUGGAAUUACAAUCUCCAGAAAAAACUGACUGUAAAAUGGCCAACUAUCGAGCUAACGAGGAUGAAAAGCAAUCACGACGACUCGGACUUAUGAAGAUCUUCAUCAAUAACAACAAUAAAAGUAAACAGAACUGCCGCGCACAAGUUUCACAUUGACGUGGUAAGCAGUUGAUGAUGAUGAUGAUGAUAACGUGAAGUGAUUGCACCUCUCUAUAGAAAUGGUAAGGACUAAAUAAGAAACGGCGUAGGGGAAAAACGAACAACGAUGUGAACGGCGAUGGAAAUCGUGAUGAGAUAGAGCCGCUAAAUAUUAUCUUAAGUUUUUCCGACGUCGUCAACAGACUUCUAUAAGUCAACCGAUAGCAAGAAGAACGACAAUAAUAAUACAGAAAAAACAAUAAAAAUAAACAACAACAAAUAAAGUUCUUUACGCUGAAAAAAACACUCUUAUUUAUUUACUGGUUUUAAGGUAAGCUAAGCUUGGAGCGUCAGAAAUGAUAGGCAGGUUUGAGGCACAAGUCAAUGUUUGUGGGGAUUUGCUGCUGCAGCAUGCACUUAAACAAAACCAGAGCGUUUCAUUUUAAUUUGUUUCUUGAACAGUUUUUCCGUCGAGGUAUUUUCGUUUUAAUAGCAAAAGUUCUGCUUCUAUUAAAAUUAAUCAUUUCUGACAACGUUAUGAUGGUAACCAUGGCGUUCGACUGAACGUAUGCGAAAUCGUCUCGGCCGAAGUUAUUUUUUACAAUUUUACGCUAGCACAGCGGUGUUUUAAUGUGUACACCGGUGUUCUUAAGCGUUUGGUAUGUAACAAAAAUUUAUGGCUCGUGAUAUUUUCCCUAAGUCGAUAAUGUAAUCAGAUCGCUUUCGACGUCUUCUCACAUCUGCAACAGCUUCUCUUUACUUGUGGCGCUAAAAGUAGCAUUGUGCCUUGGGGUCUUUAUAAACCAAUAAUUGUCAGCGAAAGUUAAGCGACUGCAUUUGAUGUAAUACGUUCCUAUACAGCUGUUUUCCAAGAUUCAAAGAACGAUGAUCUAAUCUAGCAGAACCAACUAUGCGGCACUGUUUUAAUUGUUGUAAUAGAUAAUUUAUAAAUCUAAACUGAAGGAAUAUUACUGCUCAUGUUACUUUGUGACCAUGGGUUGGUUUCAAUUAAACGUAUUAUCCAAGAAAAAUACGCUCAUUCCCAAAGAAAAGUGGGACUUGCCACUGGAUUUUGUUAUUACAGCACAUUCUUGAAUAAAAUGCGAUUACAUCAGUUUUAUCAUAAUAUAAACAUAAACACAUAAUAUAAACGUACCAUCUAGUAACUUCGACAAAUCUGUUCUGAUAUACGAUUAAGUGAUAUCGUUGUCCCUUCAACAACGGCAAAUGACUAAAAAUUUGAAGGGGCAGCCUUUCUCCCAAGUUAGAAUGUGAUCUCCUGAGCAAUACCUGUUUCUAUUGGUAAAACGGACGUACUUUAAUUACAUUUUUCUUUAUUUAAUCAUAUGUAUCUCAUGUGGAUGCCUCAAGGGGGCUUGCGAGUUAUGGUAAAAAGUGCUAAAAUGGAACAUAUAUAAGGUAUCUGGUCAUUAUUUGGAUACAAACACCGGCUUAUAUACUGUGCGUAAACGAGUACCGCUUUCUGGAUGAAAUUUUUGUAUAGCUAGCCAGGAACAUCUCCACAUAUCGUUUCUUCAAUGGAAAUGCGAUACGGCUACAACUGAAGGCUAAAUCGCUUAGGAAUCGUUCUUUAAAUAUUUUACAAAUAACUUUUUAAUAUAGUGUACCUCGAGGCCCUUACAAAUCUUUUAAAAAGCCCUUUAUACAGUAUGCAAUAUUUGUACGUGCAGGCUACUCCAGUCAGCUUCACAAAAAUUUAGCAAAUUUAACUUUGCGAGGAAGUUAAAGGUACAUAAAGGCACGAAAAGCUCAACAAGUAUGUACAGACAUAAGCCCAAAAAAAAAAUUAGAGUUUAUCUAAUGGACCGAUAAAUACGCUUUUCUCAAAAAUAGCCGUAGACUUCUACGUCGAUUUUUUACGGAUUAUUAGAAAAGACUUUUUGAGCCAUUCGGUGUGCCAUUUGUCAAGUUUUCUUAAUUAAAUUUUUAUCCAUGUUGUCCUACGUAGAUUCGUUGGAAGCCACCUGGGCAUGGCAACAAGGUUAACUGACGAUUUCAGGCAGUCAGGAAAAUUAGAAACAUCAGGGAACUUUUGUUCUGUGCAAAGACAUUAAAUGAUAGCUGACCUUUGCUCUUAUUCCUUCUGCCUCCGCCGUAAUGAGUUUAUCGCGGAAACACAGUGAGCGGGUUUGCGUGUGAUGAUACGUUGGGGUACACAAGUAUGUUAAAAGCUGCAAAUAUGAAUAUGUUUAUGAACAAAUCUGUCAGUUGAAGAUCUUUUUUAUUACUAUGUACAACGUCGGAAACAGGGAACUUAUAUACAGUAAUCUAGUUCUUCGUUAAAAAGGCCAUCUGAUUUUCGGCAACAUACAUGGUAGACGCAAAAAAUGAUAUUGUGUGUAACCUCAAUAAUCGGUCUAACAAAAUAUAUUUCAGUGUAUCCUCGAAUACAAUACAGCCAGAAACGCUACUACAUAAACUCGUAUGUACUAGCGCAAAGACACAAAUAAAAACACAUGUUGUCAGCCAACCGA